UCUUAAAGGCCUUUAAUUAUCUCGGAUUGCUCUUACGUAACGGGUAUAUCAGGUGAUUCCCAAAUAUUUCAACGUCGAAUAGUUUUUACCAUAUAAGGUAAUCUUUCAGGUGAAUGUUUCUCCGCUAUAUUUAAGAACCUCACCGGCCGGCUUCCUCAUUCAAAAGAAAAUUUGUACUGACGGUGGUUUGCCCAGGAAGUGAAAAAUAAAACAAAAUGGGUGACGAAGACGUUGCAGCUUUAGUUAUUGAUAAUGGAUCCGGAAUGUGCAAGGCCGGAUUCGCCGGAGACGAUGCCCCCAGGGCCGUGUUCCCCUCCAUUGUUGGACGACCUAGACAUCAGGGUGUAAUGGUUGGUAUGGGUCAGAAAGACAGCUAUGUAGGAGACGAGGCCCAGAGCAAGAGAGGUAUUCUCACCCUCAAGUACCCCAUUGAACACGGCGUCGUCACCAACUGGGACGACAUGGAGAAGAUCUGGCAUCACACCUUCUACAAUGAACUCCGUGUGGCACCAGAGGAACACCCCGUCCUCCUGACCGAGGCCCCACUCAACCCCAAAGCCAACAGAGAAAAGAUGACACAGAUCAUGUUCGAAACCUUCAACUCUCCCGCCAUGUACGUCGCUAUCCAGGCCGUACUUUCCCUGUACGCUUCCGGUCGUACAACUGGUAUUGUACUGGAUUCCGGAGACGGUGUCACCCACACAGUACCCAUCUAUGAAGGUUACGCCCUUCCCCACGCCAUCAUGCGAUUGGAUCUCGCUGGACGUGAUCUGACCGAUUACCUCAUGAAAAUCCUCACAGAGCGUGGUUACUCCUUCACAACCACAGCUGAGAGAGAAAUCGUCAGAGACAUUAAAGAGAAAUUGUGCUAUGUUGCUUUGGACUUCGAACAGGAGAUGGCAACUUCUGCAUCCUCAUCGUCCCUGGAGAAGAGUUAUGAACUUCCUGACGGUCAGGUCAUCACCAUCGGAAACGAGCGAUUCAGGUGCCCAGAGGCCAUGUUUCAGCCAUCCUUCCUUGGAAUGGAAUCUUCUGGUAUCCAUGAAACCACAUACAACAGUAUCAUGAAGUGUGAUGUCGAUAUCCGUAAAGACUUGUACGCUAAUACUGUCUUGUCUGGUGGUUCAACGAUGUACCCUGGCAUUGCUGACCGUAUGCAGAAAGAAAUCACUGCUCUCGCACCACCAACAAUGAAGAUCAAGAUUAUCGCCCCACCAGAGAGGAAAUACUCCGUCUGGAUCGGUGGUUCCAUCCUUGCUUCUCUCUCCACCUUCCAACAGAUGUGGAUCAGCAAACAGGAAUACGAUGAAUCGGGUCCAUCCAUUGUCCACAGGAAGUGCUUCUAAGUACUGUUCUUUCCAGUGACUUUAAGUUAAGGAUUGCAUAACACGGAAAAUUUCAUACAUUGAGACCAUCAUAUUUCAUCCAUUAUAUAUUUCUUAUCCCCUCGCACAACUAGUUACGAAGGGGAUAUAGCAUCUCUAAUGUGCACACACACACACACACACACACACACACACACACACACACACACACACACAUAUAUAUAUAUAUAUAUAUAGGAAAUACUCCGUCUGGAUCGGUGGUUCCAUCCUUGCUUCUCUCUCCACCUUCCAACAGAUGUGGAUCAGCAAACAGGUAUACGAUGAAUCGGGUCCAUCCAUUGUCCACAGGAAGUGCUUUUUUUUUCUUUUUUUUUAAAGUAAUGUUCUUUCUAGGAACUCUAAGAUAUUAUACAAAUUUUCAUAUAUUGAGACCGUAACAUUUCAUCUUUUAUAUAUUUUAAAUACUUUGUUAUACCCUUAAUAUAUUUGUUACAAUAUAAUAGAUUUAUAAUGCAA